UCGAAAUGCCACAGGAAGUGGACCACAUGACUCGAUUCCACUGAAGUGCGUGGGUUUCCACACUACAUAAUGGAGCGUAAGAAGCAAGGCGGAGAAGGGGGAGAGAAAGUGGACAACCAGAGAGGACCCAGCAGAUCCACACAAGGAGUGGAACGGCGCAAGGCCAGCGUGGACGGGGGAAACAGCCCAGUGUUUCAAAGCUCGGACAGAGAACGGAAGAGAUGGCGGCUGUGACCAAAGGACUGGAGACCCGUUUGCUUUACUUUGCAGUCCUUUGGUUAUGUGGAGAGUUAAGAGAAGCUGCCCAAGAUGGGUUGCCUCCAGUGAUAGGAUAUGGCGGUAAAGUAUGCUGCACAGAAGGGAUUUCCAAACCAUGUUGCGAUGUCUUGGCUUCCAAGGAGGACUGUCUUGGAAAAGUCUGUUCUAACCCUCGAUGUGAUAAGUGCCGGCCAGUCCCAAAAUGCAAAGAAGGGGAGGAACUGCAGUGCUCAGGCACCAUUGAUUUCGAAUAUUUCUGCCAAGAGUGUCCCUAUGGAACUUAUUGGGACAAGAAGAUUGGCUGUUGCAUCGCGUGGACAGACUGCAACAGGAACGGAUUCCAAACUCUCUGGCAAGGGAAUCGUACCCAUAACGCACAAUGUGGCUUUGAUCUUUUAACUGUGGAAACAGAUGAUGUGUUCGCCAACGUCUUGGCCAUUCUGACGGCGGCAGGUAUCGUUCUCGUCAUCCUGCUGAUGGUCUUCUUACUUUUUUGCAUGUGGGGGCAGAAGAGGGGGAAACUCCCCGUUAUGGAAGACCCAGAAGCCGUUGGUACUUCGAACCUCCUGCAUCUUCCACAACAACACGAGGACAGCUUCAGUUGCCAGUAUCCGGAGGAGGAAUGUGGGCACAAAAUGGCAGAAGGAAAGGCCUCAACGCUGUUCUUGGCACAUUGAAGCAGGGUGUAGCUACCGAGGCAUAUCUAUGUCCCUCGAUGUCUCACCUCCUGGUGGCUCUUGGCUGGGUGCCUGAACUGAUUUUGUUGAACAGUAAGAUGUUGUGGGAACAUCUGGACAAUGGCACUGCCCCUGGGGUGGCCUUUUCACACGUGCUGCUCAACUCUUGAUGUCACAUGCUCACCAUUCUAGGACUAUAUAUGCGAACUUAGUCUUGCUCCAGGGCUCCUUUGGCAAAGGGGGAAGAUAAAAGAUCCUGGAUUGGAUGCCGAGGAGGGUUUGAUGGAUGAAGGAAAUCCCUCCAGUUUGCGCAAGCAGGGAGCCACCCAUCAUCUUUUAUGGAACUCUGAAACCGUCACCUGUUAGACUGGAAGGGGAGGGUUGAAUCUUUGGGGAGUGCUGCCAACUUUGAUGCACAGUAGACAGAUCUCUUGAGGAAUAACAGGGAGGGGGUGGGGUCAGAGAAGAACCCAGAGAGCAGUGGGGUGGAACGUGGAGACAUCCAGUGGGCUGGAGGCAGAGCCAAGAUGGAAUCUGGAUGGUAAGGGAGGGAGCAACUGGCAUGGGUGGGACCUAUCUGAGUGGCUUUUCAGACCUCAGCAUUGGAUUUCGGAAAGGAAGCAAACGGCUGAGAGCUUUCUCUAUAGGUUUAGUUUCUGGAGGAGCCAAUUAGGUUUGCCAGCUGCAGCCAGCAACCUCCUGGGAGGAAUUGGAGGGAGGGGGUGAGUCCUCAAAUUAAACUAUAGAAUUUGGUGCAAAUCCUAGGCGUCCCUUCUGUUUUUGCACCAGAGGUUAUGUCAUGUGAUGCGGGUGUGUGCCCCCCCCAAUUCCUCCAUCCCAGCUUGUGAAGUGCCAGCAAGGAAUGGAAGUAAUUGCUGGGAAGUCUCCCACUAAAGUAGGACACCCCCACAUCAACCAUAGCCCCUACCUCUCUUUGUCUACCAAAGGAUAGAAGUGUUUUAGAAACGGCAAAGUGACGAUUAAUUUGGGAUUUUCCUAGCUGAUUUUCUUAAUGAGGCCUUUCUCUGUUUAUAAGCAAAUGAAGACCAAAAGCCCAGUGUCAAAUGUGCAAAAGAAAGCUAUGAAUAACCUGGGACUUCCCCAGCUGGUUUGCAUGCCAAGAAGGGCUGGCAUGUCCCAGGAUGUGCACGGUUACCUUCUUGGCCUUCAUUGUCAAGGCGUUACGGGCGUUUCCUGUUUGUGGUCAACCUCAGGAAAAACUGGCGGGUGUUUUCCUUUCAGAUGUUCCGUGAUGCGUCUGAGACCAUUUGCGUCGGCUGCCCAAACAGCGCCCCCUAAUGAAAAUCUCGUUAGAAUUAAUUUGUUUGCCCUUAAUUGUGCUUCCUUUCAGAAACUUUGAUUGAAGGCUCUUGGAUAAAACAUGUAAUACAUUGAAUAAAACGUUUUAGCAAGGGAA